AUGGGCGGAGUGUGUUUAUGCUGGACUUGCAGACCAGUGUGGCCACUUUUUCUGAUUCUGGCUUCGUUACCUCGCAUGUUGCACUGCUCAGAGAGUCCUGCAGCAAUUGUUGGCAAAAUAUAUCCACGCGGCAAUCACUGGGCAGUAGGUCAUUUGAUGGGAAAGAAGAGCAUCGAGGACCUGCCUGUGCUGCAGGACUCAAACCAGGACAGUGACUACCUCACACCCUCAGAAACAGCGGGGGUCACACAGUUGGACCGAUACAAGCAUCUGAUGGAGGCUUUGCUGCAACUGAAGAACCAAAAACGGAUGAUGCCACAAACUGCACAAAGGCUGCUUUGGCUGCACAGUGGCUGGAGAGAAGAAGACAAAGACUAA